AUGGAAAAGUAUGAAUCGGGGGAGUUUGAGGCCGGAGGAUACAAGUGGAAACUAGUGCUCUUCCCCAACGGAAACAAGAAUCAUGAUGUGAAAGAUCACAUCUCUAUCUACUUGGAGAUGGGUGGAAAAAAAGCAGUAAAGCCCGGCAGGAGUGUAACAAUUGAUUACAAGUUAUUUUUGCUUAAUCAGCGGAAAGAGAGCUAUCUGGUUCGAGAAAAUUCCAAUGAGGAGAAAAAGUACUGUAUUUAUCGGACAAUCGUUGGUGGUUUGGCUGGAUUUGAUCGAUUCAUCCCUCUCAAAGAGUUUAGUGAUGCAUCAAAUGGUUAUCUCAUUGAUGACACUUGUGAGUUUGGAGCAGAGGUCAAGGUUUCUGAAACUAAUCUGGUCAAAGGAGAGUGUUGGUUCUCGAUUGUCAACCCUGUUACGUACAAGUAUGUUUGGAAGAUUACUAACUUCUCAGCGUUAGACGCUCCAGUUCAUUAUUCAUUACCAUUCACUGCUCACGACAAUCAAAAAUAUUGUGCAUGGAGACUGUUGCUCUUUCCCAAUGGAAUUCACGCUGGAGAGGGUAGUCAUGUUUCUCUCUAUCUGGGUUUGCAUAAUCCACAUGAGCUUCCUCCUGGAUCGAGAAUACUUGCAGAUUAUACUCUACGCAUUUUGGAUCAAAUCCACGGCAACCAUCGUUCUUUUAAAGUAAUUGGCAAUUGGUUCGAUAGCAGCAGGAAUCUGGGCUCCCACCAAAUGAUUUUACAAGAAGAAAACGCAAGGUUUUCAAAGGAUGGCAGCUGCAUAAUUGAGGUCGAAUUUACUAUUCAAGGACUUUCUAUACCAAGAGUUUGCCAUGGAUUUUUUAAGUUUUUUUCUGAGAAGCAACGACGAAUAUGGAUUUUUUAA